AUGGAGCUGCCGGAUCUCGACGGCACCAAAGCCGCCGCCGGCAACCGCAAGCACCUGGCCAUGCUCGAGCGCCUCUCCAAGCGCACCGCCGCCCCCUCCGCGGGCUCCCCCGAGGCGUCCCCCGUCGCCGCCUUCCUCUCUCGCUUCGCCGCAGCCAAGGCCGCCGCGGAGUCCGCCCUCUCCGCCUGCCGCUCCUCCCCGGACGACGCCGCCGCCUCCCUCGCCGCGGCCUCCUCCGCCGUCGACGACCUCGAGCGCCUCGUCGCGGAGGCCUCCCACUCCCUCCCCCCGUACGAGCUCCGGUCCGCGCUCGCCGCCGUCUCCGACCUCCGCGCCGCCCACAAGCUCGCCGCCUCCGAGGUCCGGCCCAAGAAGUCGUUCUCCUUCAGGAACAAGAGCAAAACCCCGAAGAGCCCCCUGCCAGAUCCUCCUGCCCUGCCCCAGCCGCCUCCGGAGCAGCCAAAGCUUGAUCCCGAUGCCAUCCUGCCAGGGUUUGGGUUCCGGAGCAGGAAUGGCGCUACCCUGGUGAAGGAUCUGAGAGCUGCCAACGAGAAGGAUGGGGAUUUCACGCUCGCUGAUCUGGUUUCCUGUGAGGUGUACCUCAAGGGGAAAUGCCGGGCGCUGUACAUUCACAAGCUAAGAGAUUGCCGCGUCUUCAUCGGCCCGGUUUUCGGCUCGGUGCUCAUAGAGGAUGUCGAGCGCUGCACGUUUGUGAUGGCGGCACAUCAGAUCAGGAUUCACGAAGCCAGGGAAACAGAUUUCUACCUGCGGGUGAGGAGCAGGCCGAUCAUUGAGGACUGCAGCGGUGUGAGAUUUGCACCACAUGCUCUGAAGUAUGAAGGGAUCGAAGAGGAUCUGAGGGACUCUGGGCUUGCAGAGGACACUGGUAACUGGGCCAAUGUGGAUGACUUCAAAUGGCUCAGGGCAGUGCAGUCACCAAACUGGUGCUUGGUUCCGGAGGAAGAGCGUCUGCCGAUUGUCGACAUUUCAGAAGUUCAGGAACAGGAGGAUUUCGACGAGAAUGGCAAGUUCAGAGAGGACAGUUUUCAGAAAUGGCUGCCCUUGCUCCUGCUAGUGGCAGUGACAAGAAGAGGGGACAUGGGCGGAAAGAAGGCGUCUCGGCAGAUGAUGGCAAAAGCUUCCGCAGGUUUCAAAUACGCGUCCCUUGCUGGAACACGGCAUUGGCGUGCAUCACUCUGGUAUAUUGCCCAAUUUUAA